AUGACAAACUGCGAUGGGGCGCCGAUGCCGCUGACGUCCGAUGCGCUGCCGGGCGCAGAUGAGCUGGAGCUCAUCGAGCGCUUGCGCGAGCGCUUCGCCACGGUCUUCGCCGAACGGGAGAAGAGAGGGCAGCUCUAUCCGGCACUCUUCGGAAACCUGGCCCUUACGCGCAUCCUCCGGCAGAACAAAGCCGAUUUCGAGGCCUCCGUCCUGUGGGUCGAGAAGUUCCUCGACAUUUUCGCGGAGCUUCAUGGUGAUGAUGUCAUGCCGGACCUGAUCGCAAGGCUGGAUGCGAUCCAAAGAGAGGGCCGACUGGUCACCACCGACGACCUUCCGGGCCAUAACGAGAUCAAGAAUUACUCCUCCCUCAUAUACAACGCCGAGCAGUUGACAAAGACGGGCGACCCACUGAGCUACUUCCCACUCGGUGAGCUCAACAAGCAUCAGCUCAUCGCUCGUGGCCUUUUUGAGAGCUAUGAGCGUGUUGUGCUUCACGGCUGGCUUUUUCGAGCGAUUGAGCUGGACCGGAUGAGCCGGGAGCAGGGCCGCCUUUGCCGGGUCGUCAACAUCAUCGACGCCUCUGGCUGCACCCUUUCCAAGGUGAUCUGCCGGGACUUCGACAGACGUGCCGAGAAGAUGAUGCAGCGGUUGGAGAAACUGGUGCCGGAUCUCACAGCUGGUAAUUGGGUGAUCAACGCACCCUGGGUCAUGCAGAAGAUCUUCCCCUGGGCCAAGAAGGUCUUGAAGAUCAAGGUGGACAACUGGUUUCUUUGCCAGGGCAAUGGCGAGCAGGAUGAGGACCUCCUGACCUUGGUCUCGGUGGAGACUCUACGAGAGUUGGGAGCCUUCCGGGCUAAGGCCAAGGAGGAGAACGACCAGCGGAGUGCUGAUUUCCAUUACAUCACACGUGGAACCGUUUUGGAGCACGCUGUGGAGGUGAAGAGCGGGCAGCGUGUCUCCUGGAAGUUUGUUGUACUCCCGGGCGUCCCGAUGCUCCCUCCCCCCGAGAUCGACUUCGGCGUGGUUGGUGUCUGGGACGUCCCUGAAGACGCGGCCGCCCCACCGCGCGAGUGUCCAUCGGCACCUCCGCCCCGGCGCAGCGCGCGACCCGAGCGCACUGGCAUGGUGGUGGAGGAUGGCAGUGCAGUCGACCUGGUCACGGGUGACCCAGACGAGGUGGACGACUAUCAGGGUUUGCAGGAGGAGGUGUUGCACGACUUCCAGCGUUGGGGCACUGUGGACCUGGAAAAUGUCGGGGCCGUUACUGCGCCGAAAGCUGGCAUCGUCGUACUGCGAUGGAGCAAUGAGUUCAACCUCAUCCGUGCAAAGCGCGUGCAGUUCGAAGUCUCCUGCGACGACGGGCAGGCUCCGGCAGAGACGGUGAGCUCCGGCGGCUAUGCAUCCUGA